GGAUCACAAGGGUCAGUUGGACUGCCAGGCCCACCAGGAGAUCCAGGCAGACCAGGAUUUACUGGAUCUACUGGAUCUACCGGGUCUUCUGGAAGCAGUGGUUUUCAAGGACCUCAAGGACCAAGGGGUUCAGAUGGUGCAACUGGAAAUCUAGGCAAUCCAGGUAGCCAGGGCCCACAAGGACCUGCAGGUUAUCCAGGUGUGCAAGGAACUCAAGGUGCCUCGGGACAAUCAGGGACAUUGGGAUGGACGGGAGCUAGUGGCUUGCCUGGUCCCACCGGGGCAACUGGAUUACCUGGAUGGACUGGUGGCACAGGUGCCUCAGGUAAUACCGGGUCAACAGGUGUGUCUGGUAUGCAGGGAGAUACUGGAGGAACUGGACAACCAGGGCCCAAAGGUUUUCCGGGAGCUACUGGACCCAAAGGAUCAACAGGUUAA